AUGUGGUUGUUUUCAGGAUCUACUUUGGCAGGUGAUGUUAAAGAAGUGAUGUCAUUGAGAGAGAAUGGAGUAAAGGAAAAGAAGAUACCACUCCUUCUUCCUCCGGCGGUACCACUCUUUCUUCCUCCGACUCCGGAGCAGGACUUAUCAUUUUCUCAACACGCCAUUCAAUUUUUGGUUAAAUCGGCGGAUCCCUUCCCUCCCCGUGGGAGGACUUCCAAUCCAUUCGCAAGAUCCUCGCUGUUAUCGGCAUCUGCCACUGCAAGGGUUACUCUUCCUCACUUGUCCGCGCUGCUUCGCCUUUUGCCCCUGGGAUUCCCAGAAAUCAAUUUAGUUAACCUUUGGAGCUGGCUCGAGCUUGCUACUCUUAAGUUUGCACCCUACUUAGAUCCAAGGAGCAAACGCUGUUAUGCCAAUGGUGAGGUAUUCAAGAUGAUAAGAUCACUUCCUAAUGAUUACGUACAACGGUAUUUAGCUCUCAGAAAUGCUGCAGUUGUGCUGAGGUAG